GAGCGAACGGCCUGCGGGGCUUGGGCUCCCACAUCGGGACUAGAAGGAGCCCACGACUACGCCACGGGUCGGUGGAAGCUGUCCCGUGACGGUUGGCGAGGAUGCCAUACCUUGGCUCCGAGGACGUGGUGAAGGAACUGAAGAAGGCUCUGUGUAACCCUCACAUUCAGACUGAUAGGCUGCGCUACCGGAAUGUCAUCCAGCGCGUUAUUAGGCACAUGACUCAGGGUUUGGACAUGUCUGGUGUUUUCAUGGAAAUGGUGAAGGCCAGUGCCACUGUUGAUAUUGUUCAGAAAAAGUUGGUUUAUCUGUAUAUGGGCACAUAUGCACCUUUGAAACCAGAUCUGGCACUCUUGGCCAUCAAUACACUAUGCAAAGACUGCUCAGACCCCAAUCCAAUGGUUCGAGGACUGGCACUACGGAGUAUGUGUAGCCUCAGGAUGCCUGGUGUGCAGGAAUAUAUCCAACAGCCUGUUCUUAAUGGUCUGCGGGAUAAGGCUUCCUAUGUCAGAAGAGUGGCAGUCCUUGGCUGUGCCAAGAUGCAUAAUCUUCAUGGAGACUCUGAAGUGGAUGGUGCUCUAGUCAAUGAGUUAUACAGUCUCCUGCGUGACCAGGAUCCAAUUGUGGUUGUGAACUGUCUGAGGUCUCUAGAAGAAAUUUUAAAACAGGAAGGAGGUGUUGUCAUUAAUAAGCCCAUUGCCCACCAUCUCUUAAAUAGAAUGUCAAAACUGGAUCAAUGGGGCCAGGCUGAGGUAUUGAACUUUCUGCUCCGCUACCAACCUCGGAGUGAGGAGGAACUGUUUGAUAUUCUCAAUUUGUUGGACAGCUAUCUCAAGAGCAGCAGCACAGGUGUGGUGAUGGGAGCCACCAAACUCUUUCUGAUCUUGGCAAAGAAGUUCCCCCAUGUACAAGCUGAUGUGCUUGUACGAGUCAAGGGACCCUUGCUAGCUGCCUGUUCGUCAGAGAGCCGUGAGCUCUGUUUUGCUGCUCUCUGUCAUGUCCGCCAAGUCUUGCAUAGUUUGCCAGGUCACUUUAGCAGUCACUACAAAAAGUUUUUCUGCUCUUACUCGGAGCCUCACUAUAUCAAGCUACAGAAGGUGGAAGUGCUGUGCGAGCUGGUGAAUGAUGAGAAUGUACAGCAGGUGCUAGAAGAGCUUCGAGGGUACUGCACUGAUGUGGCUGCUGACUUUGCACAGGCCGCCAUCUUUGCCAUAGGUAGCAUUGCCAAGACUUACACAGACCAGUGUGUACAGAUUCUAACAGAGUUGCUGAGUCUCCGACAAGAACACAUCACUACAGUAGUGGUGCAGACUUUCCGAGACCUGGUUUGGUUGUGCCCUCAGUGUACUGAAGCUGUGUGUCAGGCCCUGCCUGGCUGUGAGGAGAACAUUCAAGACAGUGAGGGGAAACAGGCACUUAUUUGGUUACUUGGGGUCCAUGGGGAAAAAAUCCCCAAUGCUCCUUAUGUGUUGGAAGACUUUGUAGAAAAUGUGAAGUCAGAGACAUUUCCUGCUGUUAAGAUGGAGCUACUGACUGCACUAAUGCGCCUUUUUCUCUCACGCCCUGCUGAGUGCCAAGACAUGCUGGGACGUCUAUUACAUUACUGCAUAGAGGAAGAAAAGGACAUGGCUGUACGAGACCGAGGUCUCUUCUAUUAUCGUCUCCUGUUAGUUGGCAUUGAUAAAGUUAAACAGAUCCUGUGCAGUCCUAAAUCUGACCCUUCUCUUGGACUUUUGGAGGAUCAGCCAGAACGACCUGUGAAUAGUUGGGCUUCAGAUUUUAAUACACUGGUGCCAGUGUAUGGCAAAGCCCACUGGGCAACUAUCUCUAAAUGCCAGAAGGUAGAGCGUCAUUGCCUUGAGCUUCCUGUCAAUGCAUCCUUGGCCACACCAGGUCACUUGAUUUCUGAAGAGAACAAAGAAGAAAUACAAGAAUCUCCUGAUUCUGAAGCUCUCAUGCUGGUCCCCAAUCUCCAGCUUACUGCUGAGUAUUUUGAGAAAACAUGGCUUAAUCUCAAAGUUACUCAUCAACAGGUGUUUCCUUGGCAGGGAGAAGUCCAGCCGGACACUCUCCAAAUGGCUCUAAAAGUAGUGAACGUUCAGACCAUCGCAAUGAGCAGGGCUGGAGCACAGCCCUGGAAAGCCUAUCUCAGUGCUCAGGAUGAUACUGGUUGUAUCUUCUUAACUGAAUUGCUUUUAAAGCCUGAGAACUCAGAAAUGCAAAUCUCUGUGAAACAGAGUGAGGCCAGGACUGAAACACUCCAUGGUUUUGUUUCUGUAUUAGAAACUGUGAUAGGAACAAUUGGAGACAUAAAAUCUUAACUGCGUUGCUGC